GUAAGUAAGAAUGAGAGAGGGAGAUGCGCAUAAAGAACAGAAGAAGAAUCCUUGCAAGCGAGAUGGUUGGUAGCUCUCCUGCGCCAUCACCACUCCUCUCGCGUCAUCACCCAUCCUCCUCCCAUCAGCAGUCGCUUGCUAAGGUAGGUAGCAGUCCAUACCCACGCUGCCUCUCACCAUUAGGUUUCUGGCUACGGUUUGCUUUUCUCUGAGGAGGUUGAAGUGCGUUCACGGCCCCGGACCUGGUGCAUCCAGCUCUUGGCAUCGCCGUCACUCCUGUUCUCGGGCCUCGAUCUGAACUGCCAAAAGUUGAAGUUUCAUUACCGCUUUCUGCCCCGCGCAUUUGCUAGGUGUGGGUAUCUGGGUUUUCGGUUUGGUGAGCGACAUGCUUCACUGAUCGCUCUAGCAGGGAGGAAUUAAUUUUCAACUUGGAGUGUCAAUCUUUGAAAGCGAUGUAUGGGGAUGGCGAACCAUCCGAAACCCCCGUGGAACCAGGAGCAAAUCAAGCAUCCACAUCUCGGUCAAGUGGUGAAGCACUUUCAAAGCAAGCUCACGACAAUCCAGCCUUUGUUGGAAACGCCACAGGAAACACCACCUCUAGUACUUCCGGAGACCAACCACAGUCAUCAAAUGUAAGGGAUGGAGAAGCAAGGGGAAACGUAAUUCCUGAAGGUUCCCUCCAGAACGAUGGCGCAUGGGUUCCGUUGGUGUUCAGUCCUGUUAUGUUGCCCGGGAAUCCUGAGUCAUGGAACGGAACACCUGGGGCAAUUCCACCUGGGGCAUUCACACCUCCACAUGGGACAACUCCGUCUGGAACAGCCGAUGGUUCAGUGCUUUCACAGUGGAUGCCAGUGUUAAUUCCAUUUCAAAUCCCCUUCUUUCUCUCUUCUCCUCCAUCGGAUCAAGCAGGACAGAAUGCGGGCUUUUAUCCUGUUCCUUCUAUGGUUCCUUUCUUUGGGCCUUUUGGAAUGGCACCAGGGGCGCCGAACGAGUUCAAGUUUCCAGUUCCUACGAAUGUACCCAUUCCCACGGAAGGAAACCCGGCGGAUGCUACCGCUGGACAGCAGGCGGCCAAUGCAGGAAGAGCACCACCGGUUAUUGAGAGGGAGGGUAUUCGUCUUGGCCAAGUUGAGCAGAUGCAACCAAAUGGACUGCCACCCGUUGCCCAGGCUGGAGCGGGACAAUUACCAAUUCAAGGGCCGGUCAUUCGCAGGUUUCAGGUUGGCAUUCAGUUGGAUCUGCUGCUUUUGUUGAAGCUAGCAGUUGUUGUCUUCGUAUUUAAUCAAGAUGGAUCAAAAGACCGUUUGCUUCUUCUUUUGGGACUGGCAGGCGUUAUCUACUUGUAUCAAACGGGCUUACUAGCCCCCUUACUCAGAUGGCUUGCUGUAAAAGCACAACAAUUCAUGACACCACCACAGCAGCUUGCUCAAGGCCAGCCCGAUCAACAGCCUGCUCCAGGUGUGCAAGCAAUGGAUGCUCCAGCCGCAGAUGCUGCUGUUCCAGGAGCAGAGGAGCCAGCAGGUGAAGCUGGCGCAGCACCUGGCGGAGUAAAUGCGCAGGCUCCUGGAGGAAAUGCUCAAAAUCCACAAGAUCCAUUCUGGGCCUUUGUAAAAGAGCUACAAAUGCUUGUGGUUGGGUUUGUUACAUCUUUGCUUCCAGGUUUCCAUCCCCAUGCUGACUAGGUGUUAAUACCCUUCAAGCCGAAUGUCCGUUGCAACAUCUAUAUGCCUGCAAGAUGAAUCAUGAAAAUCAAAAAUCACCCAAGUGAACAUGGGCCGUUGUAAAUAGUUGCGUCAGCCUCGAUGUGACUGUCCUACUUCAGUAAGACCUACUGCAAGAAGAAACUAUGGAUCUGAUUAACACGAUCUGAGGCAGAUGUGUAAAGAACAAACAGAUCAGCCAAUAUGUGGUGGUAACACCUGUACCACUGGGAUAUGCUGGGGUCUUCAGCGCAUGAAGGCUCAGUGAUGAUGCUUCCCAGUAUCCCAGUAUCCAUUUUUUUGAAGCAACUUGCUUAAUGGAGUACAGAACCUGAUGAGUAUGUUGUGUACCAGGUCUCCACAGAAAAGUACUUCUGCAUUUUGUCCUUAUUUUACGUGGAUGAACUGUUCCCAUCUGCUGCAUCAUUGCGUACAUUCGAUAGAAAUACUAUAACAUGCUGCAUGUUAUCAAGUAAGCGACUUUUCAAUGAAUUUGAGUAAAGAAAGAGAAAAUAUAUUGUGCAGCAAUAGAUGUACACUUAUGGGUCUUUGUGCAGUAAACUAUUGAUGUGAUGAGUAACGUGCGAUAUUCACAUCAUUCUUAA